AUGGUUGAAGUCAGGAAAUACCAACUGCCGCCUACGGAACUCAUCCCGAACUCGCCACGCCCUCUCCUCCAUUACCCUGGUAUUCUGCUCUCCUCUGGCUCCAUCGCAACGGCAGCUUACGACGCAUUCUCUGAUAACGGAUGGCGUGUUCAGUGGAUAUUUCGUUACGGUCCUUCCCAAGUAUCACACUACCAUUCAGCAACUCAUGAAUGCAUGGCUGUGCUCUCGGGUACUGCAACUAUCCGAUUUGGCGUGGCAGACACUGUUCCCGACCUUGACGAGAGCACUCAGGGUUCCGGAAAAGAGGACGGGGGAAUCGAACUUCAAGCACAUGUUGGUGACGUCUUUAUCAUACCCGCCGGUGUUGCGCACAAGACAUUUAAUACUGAGCCAUCGGCCGAGUUCAAGCUCCUCACUCCCGGUGAUGGCCAUCACAUUGCCGCUAAAGAUGUGAGGCGUGCUUUGGAAGAGCUGCCACUCUCUGGAUUCACAAUGAUUGGCGCAUAUCCGGAAGGCGGAGCUUGGGAUUUUGCGAAAGGAGGAGAAAGUACCGGUAACUACGAGGCUGUUUGGGCAGUGUCGACACCGGAAAAGGACCCUGUCCUGGCAAAAGCUGAAGAAGGUCUUUGUGGGCAGUGGAAAUAG